UUCUUUUCCUUUUGUGUUGAGUGUACAGCAGCCGUCGCAGUCACACAUUGAGCCUUAUUAUACACAGAAUUGGGAGCAGCGCAGAGAUGCCCCUCUCAUGUCCGAGAGGGGUCAUAAGUUAUUAAUGGCUUUGUUAUUGCAAAGGAAGGGAAAAAAAGCAGGAAAACUAUGUGUCGAUCAAGCAUGGUCACCAGAACGAUGGCCUCAGAGGAGCAGGUCUGGCCAGUCCCAAUGAAGGCAAUUGGAGCGCAAAAUCUUUUGACAAUGCCUGGAGGAGUGAGCAAAUCAGGGUAUCUUCAUAAAAAAGGAGGCACUCAGCUGCAGAUCCUGAAGUGGCCUUUGAGGUUUGUGAUUAUUCACGAGGGAUGUAUUUACUACUUUAAGAGUAGCACAUCUGCAUCUCCACAGGGUGCAUUUUCUUUAAAUGGUUAUAACAGGGUUAUGCGGGCAGCUGAGGAGACAACGUCAAGCAACGUGUUUCCUUUCAAGUUAGUUCACAUUAGCAAGAAGCACAGGACAUGGUUUUUUUCUGCUUCUUCUGAAGACGAAAGAAAGAACUGGAUGCUAUCCCUGAGGAGAGAGAUAGAUCACUACCAUGAGAAGAAAGAAACAAUAACAGAAUUCAGUGAUUCUGGCUCUGAUGCAGACAGUUUCUAUGGCUCAGUAGAACGUCCCAUUGAUAUCAAGUAUUCUCACCACUCAGCAGAUAACGAAGAUUAUGACCAGGAGGAAGAGGACGAGUCAUAUAUCAUGGUCCUGCCCCCGGCCUACCCGCCUCCACCAGUUCCUCACGUCAGAAAAGCUGCCUUCUCAGAAUCAAGAGCCCAUUCCUUUGCUGGCAAAUCUGUUGGGCCUGUACUACCACCACCUCCUAAAAGAGGCUUACCUGAUAUCAAACCAGAGGAUCUUUUAAAUGUGAGAGAACCCCAGUUACAUUGCCGAGCUGAAUCUAAUCUAAAGAUUCAGCACUCUGGCUGGAGACUAAGUGAACAUCCACCUCCUGUACCCCCUCUACCUCUUCUCAAAAAGCCUGUCUGUAUCAAAGAAUCGUGCUCGUUGCCCUCAGAGCCUCUGCCUCAUGUUCUCACUACUCCAGAAGGAUGCGAGAAGCUAAAGAACUUAAACCUUUCACCACGAACUCCUCCUCCGUUACCAAGCAGUAAACCUAAGCUGUCACAGUUAACUGAAAAGCCAGCAGACAUCAGAGUGCCAAGGGAACAUGGUAAACCUGGACUGUUUAUACCACCAGUACUUCCAAAGCCCCCUGUGCCAGCCCACCAGCCCCCUGUGCCAGCCCACCAGCCCCCUGUGCCAGGAUUCAAGCCUAGACCAGAGAAGUCUUUAUGUCCCCAGUUACAGAGAUCACCACCAGAUGGGCAGAGUUUCAGAAGCUUUUCAUUUGAAAAACCAGCACUACCUGCCAAGCCAAACCAACCUGCUGAUGAUUCUGAUGAGGACUAUGAAAAAGUCGAGCUACCUAAUUCAGUAUUUCUUAAUACCUCUGAAUCCUUCGAAGUUGAAAGGGCAUUUAAAGCUACUAGCCCAAGAGGACAACCACAAAAUGGAUUAUACUGUAUUAGGAACUCAUCUACUAAGCCUGGAAAGGUAUUGGUUGUAUGGGAUGAAUCUGCAGAAAAAGUGAGAAACUACAGAAUCUUUGAAAAGGAUUGCAGGUUUUACCUGGAUGCAGAAAUCAUGUUUUUGAACAUGGGAAGUUUGGUUGAAUACUACAGCACUCAUGUCUUACCUAGUCAUGACAGCCUAAUUCUUCAGUGUCCUUAUGGUUACUCUAAACCAAGAUGACGUGGCUGGCAUAACUCACUGAUGCUGAGGAAAAACGGGCUCCCCGCUGUCUCCGAAUUAAAUGUGGACAUAUGGCACUGUUGGACUACCUGUUGUUUGCACACAGAAACUGAGUCUGUUUCAACCGUUUGUUCUCAUGUGGGUUGUAUAUAGACUUUGUUUAAUGAACUCUUGGUAAACUUUGCAAUCCAGAUCAGUGGAUUUUAUGGCCCUUUCUCUUAAAAAGAUCUGAACUGAUUAUGCUGUGAAAGCUGUCUGUGAUACCUGCACCUUUUAUAAAACUGCUGCUAUUACUAAUCUCCUCAGAACGCGUAGGAUAGAUGUGAACAAAAAAAAGUUGUGGAUAUAACCUAUACGGAAAAGAGAAACUUCUAAAAGUACAUCAUAAUUCACUUGUGACGGGGAAUACUAAUACUCUGACUUGGAGGCAUUGCUCUUUUAGUCAGUACUGGUGCUUAACUGAGAGGCUGAAAUGUGUAUUUUUUUUCUUUUAAUUGUAUUGUUGACUUGUAAAUAAUGUAGACUUUUAUGCAAAUAAUUUGGUUUACUCUAGGUAAAGAUGAUCAAGAAAUGCGGCUUUUUUUUUUUUUUUUAAAGCCACUCCAUACAUACAUGUAACUUCUGAUUCCAGUGUCUGCAAUGAUUGCUAUCAGGGAACUGUCCAACUGAUACGGGUAUGGUAUCCCACAUAUCUGAAAUGCACAGCAUUAAGUAAUAGGCAUGGUAUAAUAUUAAUUUGGCUUUCAUAGGAGCCUCACUUGCUAGUUUGGAACUGCAUGGGUAGGUGCCACUAAUAUUGCAAUGGGUAUGAGAAAAGAAAAAAGGAAUAAAUUAGUUUAAUGAGGGAGAAGAGUCUUAUGAAUACCCCAAAUUCUGACUAGCAAUUGUCUCUCAUAUUGCUAUCAUAAAAGGUUUAAAAUUAAAUACAUAAAAAGAAGAAAUCUAGAACCCUAAGUGUGAUGCUACAAUCACUAAUGAAUAUACCCCAUAAAACUUCCUGGUCAGUUUCUUGGAUCAGGUUGUCAGAUCAUCAUUCUUUUCUGUUCUAGGGCAAAGCAUAUUGCCCUAUUCUGUAAAUCUCUAAUAAUUUUUCCAUUAUUAAAAUUGCUACUUGGUUUGUAGUUGCGUGCAAAAUAAAAUCUGGUUUUAAUGUAUUAUCAGCACUGAACAAACUGUAGCAUUAAUGAUAUGCAUUAGGAAGGUGCUUGUAAGCUUUCUUUUCAAAUAUUUUGGGGGCAGGUAUCCUAGAACCAAGGACUUGAUGCUUACGUUGAAAUUAUACCAUUCAUGAAUUUUCAUAAAGAGAGGAUAUCUAUUUUAAUAACCUUUUAAACAACUUUCCUAAUUCAAAAGUACUGUUAAUAAUGAUUUUAUCUCUAACAAUGUUUACAAGACUUGUAGUAGUUUUUUUUUGCAAUUUCUAAAACAGGAGUAGAGGUUAUUUAGUUCCUGAGUCUGAAUCCAUACCAUAAACUUCUUUUGUUGGUUACCUUUACAAAGUUUAUACGUGUCACUUUUAAUUUCAUUUCAGUUAAAUGGUCACAACUUUAAGAACCUAAACAAAGACAUUACAGAAUAAUUUUUUUGUUUAUGAAGACAAUAAAAUAAGAUUUAUAAUAUAUCCUUAAGGGAAUUUGCCCUAAUCAGGAGAUGUAACAUUAGGGUCAUAUAUAGAGAAAUCAAGGCAAGAAAUUCUGGCUCUUCUGUGAGAGAGACGGACGUGCACAAUAUCAGUCGCUUGAUCUCUGCUCCCACUGUAAAAGGUGUUGUAAACAUAAAUGAAAGCAUGUGCAGUACUUAAAUUUCAGAAUCUGUUGGAGAUAACAGAUAUUUUAAUAGGUUUUAAUAAUUCCUUGUUUUAAAUGAGUAUCCCUGGUUCAGUACUUUUCUGAUAUGAAUCGCUGGUCAGCCAAUGAGCCAAAAUAUUAGGCAGAGCAAGUUCUGGCAUCAUACAGUAUAUUUACUGUCUGCUGAGUAAAUUCUGCUCUGCCUGGAAAUACCUGAUAUCAUUGCAUCAGGACAACCAUACUUACGAUAUACUAUCUUUGGGGUCCUAUUCAUAUGUAAUAGCAUUUUGUUUGUUUGUUUUGUAACCAUAUACUUGUAAGAUUUUUAAACUGUAGAAAUACUUAUGUAAUCCAAUUCAAUGUACAAAACAAAACACUGU